GUGAGGCAGCGAGGAGCGAGCCGAGCUCAGAGGCACACGCUCCUGGAGGACUACCUCCAGACUCAGAGUUCUGGCCCCCUUCUUCUGCCUCCACGGCGGCCCUCCUGCCCUCCCGCGCUUCCCAGUGCCAUGCAUUCUUGAGUGGCAGUGCCUGGACUCCCGGAGAACAGAAGCGAGCCCGAGAGAAAGGACUGGAGCCGAGACACACUGCUGGGGGAGCCUGGAUGCCUGGCUUUCUUUGAGGACAUCUCUGGUGCAAGGGUGGCUUUGGGCUGGGGGCUUGUGCUGCAGGGAAUCCAGCCAGGCCCCAAGAUGGACACUUCUGGGCACUUCCAUGACUCGGGGGUGGGGGACCUGGAUGAAGACCCCAAGUGCCCCUGUCCGUCCUCUGGGGAUGAGCUGCAGCAGCAGCAGCAACCGCCGCCGCCGCCACCACCACCAGCAGCCCCCCAGCAGCCCCCGGGACCCCCUUUGCAGCCCCAGCCUCCGCAGCAGCAGCCACCGCCACCGCAGCCAUCGCACCCCUUGUCUCAGCUCGCCCAACUCCAGAGCCAGCCCAGCCACCCUGGCCUGCUGCACUCCUCGCCCACCGCCUUCAGGCCCCCCCCUUCAUCCAACUCCACCGCCAUCCUCCACCCUUCCUCCCGGCAAGGCAGCCAGCUCAAUCUCAAUGACCACUUGCUUGGCCACUCUCCAAGUUCCACAGCCACAAGUGGGCCCGGCGGAGGAGGCCGGCACCGGCAGGCCAGCCCCUUGGUGCACCGGCGAGACAGCAAUCCCUUCACGGAGAUCGCCAUGAGCUCCUGCAAGUACAGUGGCGGGGUCAUGAAGCCCCUGAGCCGCCUCAGCGCCUCCCGCAGGAACCUCAUCGAGGCUGAGCCCGAGAGCCAACCCCUGCAGCUCCUCAGCCCCAGCAACCCCCCUGAGAUCAUCAUCUCCUCCCGCGAGGACAAUCAUGCCCACCAGACCCUGCUCCACCACCCCAAUGCCACCCACAAUCACCAGCAUGCCAGCAUCGCUGCCGCCGGCAGCACCACCUUCCCCAAAGCCAACAAGCGGAAAAACCAAAACAUAGGCUAUAAGCUGGGGCAUAGGAGAGCCCUGUUUGAGAAGAGGAAGAGGCUGAGUGACUAUGCUCUGAUUUUUGGGAUGUUUGGAAUUGUUGUUAUGGUGAUAGAGACUGAACUCUCCUGGGGUUUGUACUCGAAGGACUCCAUGUUUUCGUUGGCCUUGAAAUGCCUUAUCAGCCUGUCUACCAUCAUCCUCCUGGGUUUGAUCAUCGCCUACCACACUCGGGAAGUCCAGCUGUUCGUGAUCGACAAUGGGGCGGACGACUGGCGUAUCGCCAUGACCUACGAGCGCAUCCUGUACAUCAGCCUGGAAAUGCUGGUGUGCGCCAUCCACCCGGUGCCCGGAGAGUACAAGUUCUUCUGGACGGCGCGCCUGGCCUUCUCAUACACGCCGUCGCGGGCGGAGGCCGAUGUGGACAUCAUCUUGUCCAUCCCCAUGUUCCUGCGCCUCUACCUGAUCGCACGUGUCAUGCUGCUGCACAGCAAGCUCUUCACCGACGCCUCAUCCCGCAGCAUCGGGGCGCUCAACAAGAUAAACUUCAACACGCGCUUUGUCAUGAAGACGCUCAUGACCAUCUGCCCCGGCACUGUGCUGCUUGUCUUCAGCAUCUCGCUCUGGAUCAUCGCAGCCUGGACUGUGCGCGUCUGCGAGAGAUACCAUGACCAGCAGGACGUCACUAGUAACUUUCUGGGGGCCAUGUGGCUCAUCUCCAUCACCUUCCUAUCGAUUGGCUAUGGCGACAUGGUGCCACACACCUACUGUGGAAAGGGUGUCUGCCUGCUCACAGGCAUCAUGGGUGCAGGCUGCACUGCCCUCGUGGUGGCCGUGGUGGCCCGGAAGCUGGAACUCACCAAAGCCGAGAAGCAUGUGCACAACUUCAUGAUGGACACUCAGCUUACCAAGCGGAUCAAGAACGCUGCAGCCAAUGUCCUUCGGGAGACAUGGCUCAUCUACAAGCACACAAAGCUGCUCAAGAAGAUCGACCAUGCCAAAGUCAGGAAGCACCAACGCAAGUUCCUGCAAGCCAUCCAUCAACUGAGGAGUGUCAAGAUGGAGCAGAGGAAGCUAAGUGACCAAGCCAAUACCCUGGUGGACCUCUCCAAGAUGCAGAAUGUCAUGUAUGACUUAAUCACCGAGCUCAACGACCGGAGCGAAGACUUAGAGAAACAGAUCAGCAGCCUGGAGUCGAAGCUGGAACACCUAUCGGCUAGCUUCAACUCUCUGCCCCUGCUCAUCGCUGACACCCUGCGGCAGCAGCAGCAGCAGCUCCUGUCGGCCAUGCUGGAGGCAAGGGGGGUCAGUGUGGCUGUGGGCACCACCCACACACCCAUCUCAGACAGCCCCAUUGGGGUCAGCUCCACCUCCUUCCCCACCCCAUACACCAGUUCCAGCAGUUGCUAAAUACAGUCCCACUGCUGCCGCCGCAGCAGCAGCAGCAUUACCCAUAGGUCUUAAGAUGCAAUUCAGCCAUCCCCUGGUCAUUUUGCCAUCCAGGACCCGGGAGACCAGGGGAAGAGCAGAAGAGAGACCGGCUAACUGACUAACUCGUGUUCCUUUGGUGUGCUCGGUUCGCUAUGCCUUGAAACCAGAAAUCUAAUCUCUGACCAGGUGCCUCUGCUGGGGAGCAGAAAGAUAAGAUAGGAGGCCCUUGCCACAGAGCAGUGGAGCACAGAAAUCCACACUCAAUCUCAGGUCUUCACAUGGGGGGUGGGGGGAAGCAGGUGUAUAGAGGGGGCCCACAGUGGAGCCUCAUGGGGCAGGGGAGGGGUACCUCAGCUCUGGGUGGCAGGUCUCCUUGCCUUUUGUCCAUGGGAGCCUCUGAGUGACAAAAGGAAAGAAGAGUGCCCACAACUUGCCAAAACAGACAUCCUUCUCUCCUGUACUAUAGACCAUCACAGAACCUAAUUUAGACUGAAAAAAAGUCAAAUUAUAAGCCAGACUUCCAUACAGGAUGGAUACCUGCAUAGCCCUGUGUUUUUGCACAUGUACACACACACAUGCACACACACCCCACACAUGCACAUCCCACAAUCCAUCCAGGCUUUCUCUUGUUUGAAUGCAAUCCUAUAGUCAAAGAGACCCAGCGCCUCACCCUGCACACAGCAGGGGCCCUCCAUGUACAUAUUGAGGUGGUUUGGACCCAGAUAUGGGUGCUUUCAGCUCUGGUAGCCUGCAAGGGUCAGGCAUCUUCUAAGCACAUCUGGAAGAUACAAGGGCCUCCACACCCUCUAAGCAGGCACCAUGUCAGCUUUGCAAGGAAUGACAAGCCCAGACCAUUGGCAUAGGGGGAUUUGCAACCAAAACAGUAGCUUCUGCAGAAUCUUCUUCCACUUUCCCAGAGGAGCUGUGUUCUCAUAGAGCACCUGUCUGGGUGUAUGGCUGUGAGGGAGGGGACAGGAUCUGUGCGUGUGCGUGGCCCAGUGUCACCUGAGUGAAUGGGAGUGGAACAUCUGGGCACUUGCUCAGCUCUAUUUAUCUAGCCACAGGGCACCAGUCCCAGAUGUUAGGUAUGCAAAGGAGUCAGGUGCCUUCACUGAGAACAACAAAGCAGGGAGGAGAAGACAUGGUGAGUGGCCCAUGUUACUUCCUUUCACCUGACUUGAGAUAUUAGAUUCAAGGGAGCCAGAGGGAAGGUUCACAAACCAUAAUCCAUCAGUAGCUUGCUCCUACUAUGCUAUGUUAAUCCUGGUGCAAAAACUAACAAACAAAACCAAUUCUACUCUAGCUCAAACUCUGAGACUUCUAGAUGCAGCAUGGGGGGCAGGUGUUGUAAGGAGAGGGCAGGCCAGUACAAAAUAUGUUCUUUGCACCCAAUUAAGCCACAUUUAACAUCUGUGAUGUGCAAAUCUAUCCACUUCUUUUUUGUUUUACUUUCCUCCUGGGGUCCUAGGAUUUCUGUGAAAGGGGAGUUGGCUAAUACCAUGCUGAAUAUUUCAUCUGUCCAGGGUGAAUCAAAAAAGAGACCUUUGUUCCGCUGGGUUUCUCAUUGCAAGGGAACAUUGUCUUGUCCCCAUUCCUGGCUAAGGAGGAGUUGCUUCUGCAGCACUAAGCCUAUUCUAAGGAUGAGGGACACAUUGGACAGCCAAAAGCAGCUAAGAAAUGCAGAGAGAGAAGACCUUGCUAUCCUCCAUUUCUUUCUUUCUAUUGCUGUUGCUGACCCUUUGAUGAUCUCACUUUCCUUUUUUUUUUUUUUCUCAUCACGAUGAUUCUUUUGAAUGUUGUCACUUGCUGUUUUUGCAUAUGACAGAUGCCAUUAUUUACUGUUGGCUUGAUUUUGUUUAUUUGGUUGUUGUUGUUUUUUUACUUUUUCUUUGAACUAUUGGUUAUCUUAAAGAUGCCCCUUUCCUCAUUCAUGCUCCCUUGUUUUCAGUGACUGGAACACAAAAACAGGUAUCUAAAUGGAUUACAUAGCCACAUAGUGUCUGGGCUGUAUUAGUCCCAUUUCACAAAGUGCAGACCACCCACAAGGCAGCCCGGAUGUGCCAUGACUGCUUAUUUUCAACUGCAGCCUCCAAUCACUGAUUCCUCUCCACCCUUUCUGUUUUUGCUAUAAUUCCGUGUGUGUGUGUGUGUGUGUGUGUGUGUGUGUGUGUGUGUGUGUGCGCACACGCGCGCGCGCACUCCCAAGCACAUGCACAUGCUCAUGGAAAUUGAGUUGAUUUCAAAGAAAUACCAUGCAGCCACUCUUCUUAUGUCCAGAUUGCCGAUGGCCUGUUGUAGGCUGUGACUAAUCCUCCCCUAAACCAUCAUGAAAGUGUCCACUUAGGUAAAAUCCUUGAAGGCCAAACUAGCAGUACUGGUUAUGGAAUUGGUCAGAGUUCUUUCCAGCUGUGGUUCCAGGCAUCCUGUAAACAUGUGGCCAUUUGCUGCAAGAGUGGACCUACUGGUAGUGCAGUCUAUGUGUGGGUCUUCUCCUUGGUGAACCAGUCCUUCACUCUUAUGAACACAAACCAAAAGCCAGGGACUGACUGUGCACAAUGACCCUAAGUGGGAAAUUGGGAGAUACUUCCCUAGGCUAGCACCUCUGUUCUCUGUGGGGAGAGUUGUCCAUUCGCCUGCAAGUAUAAUCAGCCCUUGAUGACACCCAGGGCAUGACUCAGACAAGUGUUCUUCCUCUGUCUUUGGCUCACUCCCUGGCAUGUCAGGAGCAGAGUUAGGUGGGGACAGGGAGUCGAUGGAUUUGCCUGCCUUGCCUUCUUAUUCUCUACUUCCCAGUUUGGUGGUGAAGGAACUUUAAUUUCUAUUCAAGAAUUGGCUACAUGUGUCUUUUUUAAAAUACUACUACUUAUGAUAACCUCAAUCCAAGACUGAAUGUACUGAAUUCUACCCAUGCAUGAAGGCUGACUCGGUGGCUCACUUGACCUUCUCUGAUAGGUUUCAAAAAGAUCUCUAAUAGUCACUAAAAUAUCUAGACACUUGAAUUAAAAAUCAAGAGCCACCCACUCAUUGCUUAAGCCAUAUUCUAGCUUCAUGUACUGUAAAGCAUGUGAUAUAUUUAAGCCCACUAAUCUCAGUGGAAUGUCAGGACAUAGUAUCAGUUGGUAAAUGAUACCAGACUAGGGGCUUAUUCCUCCUUAGAUUGAAGUCCAAAUAGAAACUGUUCCAUAGGAUCAAAGGCUACAUGUGUGUGGUCAUCAUUAGCAAGUCAUCAUAAAGUAUUCCCACAAGAUGCUCUUGCCAUCUCUAUUGUGUGUGACUUUAUGGCAUUAUGUCUUUAUAAUGCUUGUACAGUUCAAAAGGACAAGAGACUGAAGGCCUUGGUAGGAUCACAGUAAUCUCAUGGGUCAGGAAGUGUAGAAAAGGUACCUGCACAUAAAUUCUAAAGUGCCAAAUAAGAGAAGGCUGUUGUUACUGAUUAAAGCUCAAGAAGGGGUGGUACUGAAGAAAUACUAAUUUUAGGGCUGGAAACACAGCAUAGUGGUUAUGCAACAGAAUUUCAUGCCUUGGGCUCCAAGGUCCCAGGUUCAAUCCCCAGUACCACCAUAAGCCAGAACUGAGCAGCAGUCUGAUUGAGACACAGACACACACACACACACACACACACAGAGAGAGAGAGAGAGAGAGAGAGAGAGAUAUGGAGAGAGAGCUUUUAAUAAACUUGAGUUUUUCCCUCCCCAUUAGAUUUCCAGAAGUUUCUUUGUGGUUAGCCAUGGAAAAUUUUAAAAACUAAAGACAUAAUCAGAAUAAAUAAAACUAAAGCCAGGUCCAUUUAUUUGGCCAAUUAACCACAUACCUCAACUUCUCUGCCCCUAGUAAUGAAAAUAAGCAUUAAUAUUUUUAAGUUAAAAGUAUUCAGUAGAUUGAAAGAUGGAAUCACUGUUGUCACCAACAGCAGACCAGACCAAUUCUAGUUGACACUUCGUGAGUGUUAGCUAAAUGCAACCAGGGCUGGAAAGAUAACACAGUGGUGAUGCAAAAAGACUUUUAUGCCUGAGGCUCUGAGGUCCCAGGUUCAGUCCCCAGCACCACCAUAAACCUGAACUGAGUAGUGCUCUGAUAAAAAAUAAAAAUAAAAAAUAAACAAAUGCAGCCAAUCAUUACCAAAAGGUAUUUAUUGUAUAUUGUCUAGAUAGUUAAGUCAGCAGGGAGAAAUAUGAGAUUAACACCUAAUUGCAGGCCCUCUCUCCUUCAGAGUGUACCUCAACAAACAGUGCCCCCAUUCCUUUAAUUAAAAAAAAAAAUUGUGUUGCAUUCCAGAAGAAAGGGUGUCGCCAUCAUGGCAGUACCACACUGAGACACAAUGAGGUCAUUGCACUACCACUAGGUUACUGCUCUAAGUCAUUGCUUCUGAAGUCGGGAAUAUGUCCGUGGUCUAGCCAAGACGUUUUCCUUUCCUGGAAAUUACUCAGAAGCAGAGUCAGGAUCCGAUGGCUGUCCUCUCUGUCUGCAUGGGCUGCUCUGCCGUUAAUUUCAGCACCUUGGACAGCGACUGCAGCGUCCUUAGGCAGGAAGCUUCUCUCACUGCCGCCUGUGGGCUAGGGAACUGCCUUGGACAGUUCCCUUCCUUCUUACUGCCACCAAAGUAAACACUAGCGGCUGGUCUCCUUGAUACUAAUGAGAAAGAAGUAUUAUGGUAGCAAUAUUAAUUGCCUGCUUCUGGGAGUAAAAUAGUGAGAGCCCUUCACUCUGAAUGCUUGUGCCAGACUGCAUGACAGAAAUUAACAUGCCACCCCAUCAGACAAGUAAUACAUAGAUUUAUUAUUAUUAUUAUUGUUGAAAUAGUCCCAAGCUAAUUAAAGAGUAUUGACUACAGUGGUGUAUAUGUAUAUACAGGUAGAGGGCAAAAAAUAACUAUGAUCUUUUUGUUUUCUUACAACCAUUACUGGAAAUGCUCAAGCGUAAAAUGGAGUUCCCUUCAAUGUAUGGCCUUCUGGUCUAGGUGGUGGGUGCCCGGGGACAGCUAUUGCUCACACACCCAAGACAUGCAUUCUGGAAUCUGUCAUCUUAGGCCUAGAGCUAGUGUUGGGACACACAAAAGAGGUGUUGCAUCCAAGGUCAGUCAACCAAGCUUGUGGAGGAAAAGCACAAAAGUCAACAUCAAUCUGUAUUGAGGGUCCCAAAGAGAUGCUAGGUUUAUAGCCUCACCCCCAAAAAACUCAUGACACAUCCACUCUGAAUCUGAUGGGGUCAGCCAAUGUCCAAGUUCCCAGAAAGAGGACAGGCUGUCAACAGCCAUCUCUAGGUGUGUCACAUGCUCUCUCCACUUUUGACUCUCAGCUGGGGGCCAACCCACCUUCAUCAGACAUGCUUCCCAAGGAGGCAACAGCUUGGUGUUGGUGCCUCUGAUGCCCCAUUCUGCACUGCCUGGAAGAGCACAGCCACCAGACACAGAUGGAGGGAGUGUGGUCUCAGCAAAGCCAGAGACUGCAGCGUUCGUAUUCCGAAUCGGAGGAGCUUUGUCAAUCUGAAUUUGCAUCUUGCCUCUGUACUGCUUGCUAUUUUUUAAUGAUAGGAGAAAGCAUAACAGUUUAUUUUAAAUAUGAAAUAUAUUGCUAUAUUAUAAAAUAUAUUGUAACUUUCAAUUAACAUCUUUUGUAUAUCAAACUUGUGUCUAGCAAGGCCCGUGUCAGCCUGCUCCCCCCACCUAACCCUCCCAUGACUGUUUCUGAGUACACAUCGAUGUUGGUGGCUGCCUGACCCCCCACUCUGAAGACCCUCAACCUGUAGACCUGCCAUCUGCUCACUCUCCAGACCUGACUAGGAGAGGCAUGAGAACACUGUUUUGAAUGUAAAAGGAUGCUUCUACCGUAUAGGACGCUACCAAGCCAUUUAAGAAGAGGAUCUUUUUUCAAAGCCAUCAGUCCUUUAGGAGCUGUGCCAAAGCAGUUCAGGAGAAGUGUGGGUUCUCCCUAUGACCCUGCAGAGCCCCCACCCACCCCCGCCUUAAACUUUGGUGAGUCUCUAACUCAGCCAAGCAAUGUCAGCUUUGACAAUGUCAGAGUUAGGCUUUAGGAAGAGCUUUGUUCUGUGGUAUGACAGAGCAGAGUCCUAAGCAUUCUCUAUGUCAGAUUGAAAUGGGAUCAGAGUUCUAUAUUUACAGAGUCCCAUGCACAAGUGUGUUUUUAUGAGCUGGUGGGACCCUGGCAGGGACAAGGUCUACAUGUGUUGAUCACAAUACCAGAGCACAGCUCCGAAGGGAAUGAGGAAGCCUAUGGGGGCAUGCCCAGAGUUGGGCUGCCUUUUCUGUUAAUUUCACUCUAACUGGGAGCAGAGAGAACCCCUUUUGAGAUGUUUCCCAAGGAAAGGUGUAUCAGGAGAUGGUUUCUAUUUAGGCAACUCAUGAAGCCCUCUCCCCUCCUUCUCUACUACAACCAUGAGAUGCACAGCUAGUUCUCACUUCCUCUCUUUUGAAAGACUGAGGGAAUGCUUACAGAUUUAAAAUGGGGUGUUCUGAGAUCUAGAACAAAUCUGGGCCUCGUCCCAGGGGGAAUCCCUUCCCUCCACUUUCCUCACCCUGUGCUUAGUACAGAUGCAAAGCAGGGAGCAGAAGAGUAAAUUUAACUGAGGAGGGUUCCCACCCACCUAGUGACUGAAAAUCCAUAAAGAGGUUAUGCUGGUGCAGGAUGAGGGUUUUUCUCCUGGGAGAAGGCUAGAAUCUUCUCAAGAUUCCACUAAUUUCAGUAUAAAUAUAUAUCAGGCUGGGGUCUCAGUAAUAGAAGUUAUUCGUGUUCUCUGGAAGAGAGACCUUUAGAGAAAGGCCCAAAUUGGGGUUCUUUGUGGAGCUGAGACCUCGACUGUAAAUACAUUUCCUUUUGAUGGAGUAAGUAGGCUCCAUGUCUGACUUAUCCCUUAGUUGUGCACAAGCCAUCAGAACCCCUGGGCAUCAGUUUGGUUUUGUUUGUUUUUAGCAAGUCAAUCCCUCACUGGGUGAUGAGCAUUCAUUCAUUCUCAGUUUUAUAAUUGAUAGAUGAAUGUCCUAGUGGUGGUCAAUCUGUCCUUUGUGCUUCUCAAUAGAACAAUCUCAUUCAGCUUUUCCUUUUUCCUUUGAAUUAGUCUCAAAUUCAGACCUUUACAUUUAUGAAGAGUGGAUAAUUCUGAUUUUUCCUCUGCCCCCUCCCUAAGUCAUUAUCCAAUCUCAACCAAGUAAACCAAUGCAGAUCCCCAAUUUAGGGAACACCAACCUCAUGACAAUGAUUCAGGGAUGUGGCUCCAUGCUAACAACCCUCACUAUUCAAAGUCUGGUCUGAAGACCACCAGCCCUGGCACCAUCUGGCAGCUGAUCAGAAAUGCAGACUCUUGGGCUUCACACCAGACUUGCACAGUCCAAUUCUGCCUUUUAACAAGGUCCCCACCUGGUGAGUGUAUGCAGGAGAUAUUUCUAGCACUGGCCUCACCACUCAGCAAUGGGAAACAUUAAUAAUCAGAAAAUCAACACAUUUAAUGGCAUAAAUAUAUGACCAGAGAAACACAAAUAUCUCUCAAUAUUGGGGCAGGCUUUUCCCAGCCUCACUGGCAAUGGUCUCAGUUUGUAGUGUUGAGUCAUGUCCAAAUCCCCUUUAUGUGUUCUACUUUAGCCUGUCUAGGCCAGGUCAGCAGAACACCUGAUUCAUCUUGAGGCAGGUCCCUGGAAGUCCACCUGAGUAUCCACUCAUCAAAGUGCAGAAAGAGCUACAUUUAUGUUCCAUCAUUGAGUGACUCAGCAUCCACCUGUGGAGACCCUCCUCUCCCAGAGGAAACUCCCCAAGAAAUUAGCUUAGCCCUCCAGGAACAUUCCAAAUCCUUCAAAUGAAACUGUUCUCUCUUUAUGACACCAACAA